GUGCGUGUGUGUGGUUCUUAAUGUAUGUAUGUGUGUAUUUCCCACGGUCGCCUAGGACCCAGGAAGGAAGAACACGCGCGCACACACACACACACACACACACACACACACACACACACACACACACACACACACACAGACACACAGUCUUUUUUUUCCCUCAUCUACCACCACCAACCACCACCACCACCACCACUGCCACCACCGCCGCUGCCACUGACACCACCAAACCGCCGCAACCUAGAGUCCCCGGGAGCUCGGGGAGAUGCGGGACCACCCACUGGAGGGGAAGGAGAGAGAAGCCCUCUCGCGCCCUCCCCCUGCUCCCGAGCGCCUCUUUCCGAGCCAGCGCACAGACUGCCAGCACCAACCCAGAGCCACCCACCGGAAUGGGCAGCACCUCGAAGGCGGCUGCGGCGACGGCAGCGGUGGCCACUCUCUCCUGACUCCGGCAGUAUCUGAGCUGCAGGAUCGUGGGCUCACGCAGGAGCGGGAGGCGCAUUAAGUUGGCUGGUGCGAUUUCCCUUCCCCCUCUUCCCACCUUUUGAACUUGUUGCUCCUGCCGGGUCCCCCUUCAGCCAACCUUCUACCGCUCUUCUAGCCCCCUCCCCUCUACCCCGCCUCCUGAUGCCCGUGGGCUCUUGAAGCGUAGAAGGGAGAAGACAGGCAAGCAGGCAGAGGGAGGCAUGGGGGAAGGGGAAGAGCACCGCACGGCUGGAGCUUUUCGGCUGCUUCUUCCCCAGUGGAGCUGAGUCGGCGGCUCGGGAGAUUCUCGCUUUGCCCAGUCUCUCAUUCUGGAUGCACGGAUAAAAGAAUAAAGUCUCUAUGCAACUCAGCCCCGCGCCUGGACUUUCUCAGGCAUAGCCCCUCUCCCUAACAUCUGGACUGUGUGUGGGAGAGAAUCAGACACCUGCUUAGAGAAGAAAGGGCUGCAUCUGAAGUCACCUGUGUGUAUCUGCCUGUGUGUGGGAGGGUGGUACCAGCUGCAGGUGAGAGCUUGAGUAGAUUCAUUUCACGGAGGCUGUUGGAUUGCUAUAUUUAUUACUAUUAUUUUAAAUUUCUGAGUACCUGACUCUAAGGAUUGGCUGCUUCUCAGAACUGAGACUUCGGCAGCAUCUCUACUUUUGAAGUUGCAGCAUUCAUCUGUACCAGGUUCUUAACCAAUAGUAUUUUCUUUCUGGGAAAGGAAGGGGAACUUGUGGUUCAUUUUGCAGCCACACAGUCUAGGCCUCCCCACCUUCUCCCUGCACCUCCCCAAACGGAACCAUGGCUGCAGGGGUGGCAGCAUGGCUACCCUUUGCUCGGGCAGCAGCCAUAGGCUGGAUGCCUGUGGCUACAGGACCUAUGCCAGCACCCCCCAGGCAGGAGAGGAAGAGAACACAAGAUGCCCUCAUUGUCCUGAAUGUGAGUGGCACUCAGUUCCAGACAUGGCAGGAUACCCUAGAACGCUACCCAGACACACUGUUGGGCAGCUCAGAGAGGGAUUUCUUUUACCACCCUGAAACCCAGCAGUAUUUCUUUGACCGUGACCCUGACAUUUUCCGACACAUCCUGAACUUUUACCGCACUGGCAAGCUCCAUUAUCCAAGACAGGAAUGCAUCUCCGCCUAUGAUGAAGAAUUGGCCUUCUUUGGCCUCAUCCCAGAAAUUAUUGGAGACUGCUGUUACGAGGAAUAUAAGGACCGAAGGCGGGAAAAUGCAGAAAGGCUACAGGAUGAUGCUGACAAUGAAAAUACAGGAGAGAGCGCUCUGCCGUCAAUGACUGCCCGGCAGAGGGUCUGGAGGGCCUUUGAAAACCCUCAUACCAGCACCAUGGCCCUCGUAUUCUACUAUGUCACCGGGUUCUUUAUCGCCGUUUCAGUCAUUGCCAAUGUCGUGGAGACAGUGCCAUGUGGCUCUAGUCCUGGCCACAUCAAGGAACUACCAUGUGGGGAACGUUAUGCCGUAGCCUUCUUCUGUCUGGACACCGCCUGUGUGAUGAUAUUCACUGUGGAGUACCUGUUGCGCUUGGCCGCGGCACCCAGCCGUUAUCGUUUUGUACGCAGUGUCAUGAGUAUCAUAGACGUGGUGGCCAUCCUGCCUUAUUACAUCGGGCUAGUGAUGACUGACAAUGAGGAUGUGAGCGGGGCCUUUGUCACAUUGCGGGUUUUCAGAGUCUUCCGGAUCUUUAAGUUUUCCCGCCACUCCCAGGGUCUCAGGAUCCUGGGUUAUACCCUGAAGAGUUGUGCCUCGGAGCUGGGGUUUCUACUCUUCUCUCUCACCAUGGCUAUCAUCAUCUUUGCUACUGUCAUGUUCUAUGCAGAGAAGGGGUCUUCAGCCAGCAAAUUCACCAGUAUUCCUGCUGCUUUCUGGUAUACCAUUGUCACCAUGACGACACUAGGAUAUGGUGACAUGGUACCAAAGACCAUAGCUGGAAAGAUUUUUGGGUCCAUCUGCUCCCUAAGUGGUGUCUUAGUCAUUGCUCUGCCUGUUCCUGUGAUUGUCUCCAACUUCAGUCGAAUCUAUCACCAAAAUCAGAGAGCUGAUAAACGGCGGGCACAAAAGAAAGCAAGGCUUGCAAGAAUCCGAGCUGCCAAGAGUGGAAGUGCCAAUGCUUACAUGCAGAGCAAACGAAAUGGAUUACUGAGUAACCAGCUCCAGUCCUCUGGAGAAGAUGAACAGGCCUUUGUUAGCAAAUCUGGCUCUUGCUUUGAAACCCAGCACCACCACCUGCUUCACUGUCUGGAAAAAACUACGAAUCAUGAGUUUGUGGAUGAACAAGUUUAUGAGGAGAGCUGCAUGGAAGUUUCAACAGUCAAUCGCCCUUCAAGUCACAGCCCUUCUCUCUCAUCACAACAAGGUGUCACCAGCACUUGCUGCUCAAGAAGACACAAAAAAACUUUCCGGAUCCCAAAUGCCAAUGUAUCAGGGAGCCGCCAAGGCAGUGUACAAGAGCUCAGUACAAUCCAAAUCAGGUGUGUGGAGAGAACACCCUUAUCUAACAGCCGAUCCAGUUUAAAUGCCAAAAUGGAAGAGUGUGUUAAACUAAACUGUGAGCAACCUUACGUGACUACAGCAAUAAUAAGCAUACCGACACCUCCAGUAACAACCCCUGAAGGCGAUGACAGGCCAGAAUCUCCAGAGUACUCAGGAGGAAACAUUGUCAGAGUAUCUGCUUUGUAAAACAAUUCGAAUAAAGACCAAGUGCAGUUGAGUCCUGACUGUGAAAGGGUUCUAAAGAGGAAGAUGGAAGAAACAUCCAGUCUUUUACAAAUUAAACAGCAAAAUGGAAAGCCGGUUUAUAGUGAAACUAAACAUUGUUUCCAAACUUAAGGAUGUGCUUCAAGGCCACCAAAUGGCAUUUCUGGGCAUACAGUUUGACCUAUCAUACAGCGGAAUAAUCUGUGAUCCUUUGACUUUAUAAAUGAGCACAAUGAAAUGCCUCCCAUUGAUGCUUCUUAAGAUAAGAACUCUUUUUUAAAAAAUAAAAUGAAAUUUAAAAAACAACUUUGAACACUAUGUUCCAGUUGAAUGAAAAAACACAUACGGAAAACAUUUUGAUAACAUGUUUUUUCCUGUAAAACAAACAAAUGUGAACAUUGGCAAGUAUAUUAAUGUUUAAAAAAAAAAAGAAAAAACCUCAUAUGACAGGUUUGUACUGACUGAAAGGAAUACCAUCAUAAUGCAUGCUGAAAUUCUUUGGAGCAGUGAUCUCAGUUUACUUAUGUUGUCUUCAGAUUAGGCAUGAUAAACUUUAACUGUAGAAAGGGGCAUUUCUGGGCACUUACAACAAGCUGAUUGUUCACAUUCCAUGGUAAACUCUACAAAUAAACUCCUCUUAGCAGCGCAGUCUUUCUGGCUGAGAUGCUCAUCUGUGAGCCUCCAGUGUCCAGCCAGCUCAGUAUUGAUUAUCAUUUCACUUUGCUUCCUAGAUACUGUUACAACUGCAAUAAUCCAUUGUACACCUGUUGUAUCAGGAAUCAGGACUUUCUGUUUGUUUGUUUUAAUUUCCAGAUCUCCUUUAGUUAGUAGCACAGUUAGGAAAAAAAAUCUUUAAUGUAGCCCAAGUUUUUAGUGAGUUUUAAUCCAAACUGUGGUACCAUAGAUGUGUUUUUUCCCAGAAUAGCUUUUAUUGUCCACUGUAGUCCUGUGACGCAGUGCAUUGUCAGUUCCUGUAUUUCUAGCUCACCUCUCUAUUGACAUUUCAAAGGUUUCCCAUUAGCAGCUGGAUUAACCUCUUUUGUAGUACCAAUGGCUUUCCUACUUUUAUAUUAACUGACAAGGUCUCUUACUAGUGAAAUAUGAUAAUCGACCCCCUUAUCAAAAAGUAGAAGGGGGCAAAGGAGUUAUCUGACAAAUGAAUACUUAUUAAACCUCUUUGCUGUUAAUGACUAGCCCAGAAAUCAAAUUUAUCAUGAGGUGUCUUGUGCAAACAGUCCUAGUAGGCUGGGACAAAUGUCAUAGCACCAAGUAGUCUUACAGCCGUACCUACACAUUUUUCUACUUCUUUUGCUUUGAGUCUGAUUAGAUUACAUUUUCUCAAAUAUAUUUUGAGAGUAACUAACAUGAUUCUAAAUAUGGAGCUCAAGCUAGGAAGCUUUCUGUACCAAUACUUAAAGAAAGAUUGCUUUCUUCCCUAUUUUAGGAAAGCAACACAAAUCUUUUCUAGAAAGAGAUUCCUAUAAACAGCAGUUUCCUCCCAUGAAGGAGGACAAGGUGUUUGGUGAUGCAAACUUGAUCUCUGUGUACAUUAAGUGGAAACGUGUUUAUAUUUUAAAGAAUAUUGUAUCAGCAGACAUGUCUGCAUGUACCAGUGUGAACAGUUUUAUGUCAAUCCAAAAGCUCUGUCCAUUCCAAGAUUCUACUACAAAGGAUACAGUUUAACUUCUAUGUGUGUGUGGGGAAAAGAUUAUUGUUCCCCUUGAUUUUUAAUGUUUGUCAUAAAAAGAAAAAAAUGUCAUCCCCAUGUAUACCAAAUAAUUUGUGACUUUUUUUAAAAAGUAAGAUUUUACUUGCUUUACAUUUUUAUAGUUGCCCCAGGACAACGUUGUGUACACAGUAGGCACUAGAUAAAUGCUUACAGAAGGAAAGAAAAUAAGAUAUACUCAAAUUUCCUUGUAAAGAACUGGCUUCACUCCUAAUCUUUCUUGAACAAAUUACUAAUUUGCCAGCAGCUUGAAGAUUAAUCAUUCCUAGAGCCUGCUUCUUAUCACUUUUUGCUUCGAGGUUGAUUGUACAAUGAAACUUCUUUGAUAACAGUUAAUGAAAUUUUUGUUAUUGUUGUUAAAUAUAGACUAAGGAAACUGCAAUUCAGGAAUACUUAGGAUUUUAACUCCUUAAUUACCAAUUUUAUUUUUAAUGUCCUAAAUGUUUGAGAAAAUGUGGCAAAAAUUUUCCAGUUGGUAGUUUGGCCCCCUCUUCCCACUCAUCACUUAUGCAAAACUUUCAUUUUUUUCUGAAAUUAAAAAAAGAAAACUUUUUUGGUGUUUUAGGUGAUUUUCAAAUACUGUGUUGGUAGUGAAUGACUGUUGAUGACUGUGUAAAGUGCAUCUGUACUGUAAAUGAAAUGUAAUUAUUUCUGUGUACCAUAUGGAGCAACCAAGGUUGUUGUUUUUGACAAUUUUGUUUGAAAUUCAUAUAUCUUAUUUCAGAGGAUAGCAUAAUAACUGCGUUGUGCUGAAAAAGAAAUAGACAUUUGAGGAAUAAUAAAAUAAAACAUCUGCAUGCUUGAA